AUGGCUACCUCACCAGAUAAGCUCAAGGAGCUCGCCCCAGUGCGAGACGAGCGGGGCGGCAUCGAGGGCGGACCGCAACGAACGAUCCACGCCGCACGAUGGGACGACCUGGUCGGUUGUGGACAAUGUCGCGCUGUUUCCAGCCAGCUUCUGGCACAUGAACACUGAUACUUCCCUACAUUCCCCUCUUUAGGGUGGCACGUCGACCCUGACGCAAGGACUUCGCGCCCUGCAGACCCUCCUCGCCUUCAUCCUGCUAUGCAUUUACCUCUCCCUCGCCGGCUUCCAACGCGACCAUUCCGUCGGUCCAAGCUUCCUCGUCAUAUUUGCCUUGAUGAUUAUCGUCUCCGCCACGCUGCACUCGAUGGUACUGCGUAAGUCUCAGCACGUGCCCGGACUCGAGCGUGCAGACCUGGGUCACCUGUUCAAGGCUGACUUGCGAAGUGGAUGCCGGGCAACGAUCGCUCCCGGAUCGCAGUCGGGGUGGCCCUCUACUCGGACAACGUACGCCUCUUUCGGUCCAUGGCCCGUGGGAUGCGAAAAAUUCGAGUCGCCAUGAUCGUCAACACGAAUCAAGUCAUUUGGAUCUUGAUGGCAAUGUAAGAAUCACCCUUCUCACUUUGGCCCACCGCCUGCCGGCUGACCCCUCCCCAUUCCCUCCCACCCGACGGCCACAGGGUUUCUGCUACGGCAUCGACGCGGGCAGGCGGAUGCAAGAACCCUGCUCUGGACGAACAUGCCGGUGAUGAGGCCUACACGGCCUUGUUGCCACCUUUUUGCCGCAACAAGCGCGCAGGCGCGGUUUUCUUUUGGCUCCUCUUCAGUUGAGUCUGACGCGGCGGAGUCGCGGAGAGGAGCCUGAACCCCUAGAGGCUGACGAUUUGGAUCUUCCUUAUUUCCCGGUCAUGAUCUAACCUUCUUUCAGUUUCGUGGUGCGCUUCCUUGGGCAUUACGAUCGCCUCUUGGUAUCGAGCUCGUCGGCGCCCGCAGAGUCAAGCUUUCACCAGCGUCCCGGGCGUUCACGAGCCGCCGAUCGACCUCGAACGAGAACCUCCCUUCGAGUCACCGUACGACGUCGCUAUGAUGGAGCGGCAAGCCGUGAUCCAAAGUGAUGGAACUCCGGGCACUGCCCGCGUCUACGAACCCAAUCGCGACUACCAAGUCCUUAACGGCGUGUACGAAAGCUCCCAGGUCGUCGUUCCGAGUGAUGCGGGCCAUUCCUCGAUGACGGCUAUUACCAACACUGGCAUGUCCAGGUUCGAGAACAGCAUGACGAACGUGACGAGCCCCGGGACGACGCUGGUUUCGGGGCGUUUGAGCUCCCAAGUGUACGGCCGUGGAAAGGAUCCGUUCGCGGAUCAAGCGAGGGAGGAACGAAGUCAUCUGACUUAUCAGGAUCCGUACGAGAUGGCCAGAGCCUCGAUCGACAUGACCGAGGGUCUUCAUCAGCAUAGGACUCAAUAUUAA